CGGAAGGGAAGUGGAAGGAAGGAAGGAAGACCUGCCUGCCCGGGCCUGACUUUGCAAAGGGAUCCCGGGGGAAGCUGCGCGCUCUGCUGCCGGCGGGGCGGGAGGGGCCGAAGGAGAGAGCAGCAGCCGGGCCUCCUGCGACCCUCCCCCGUUGCAGCCUCUCCCAGCGGGGCCGGAGCAAGGAAGGCCGGUCAAGUGACUCAAGGCAUCUCUAUCCAGUCGGAGGUGACCCAAGAGAAGGGGAGGGAGAUGGAAGAGCAGGACCCAGAAGGAGCUGCAGCUGGCAAGACAGCAAGCAAAGGCCCCCCUCCCACCCAAGCUGGGAGUGGUGGUGAAGGCUGGGAAAGCCCCGUGCCAGAGACACCUUCUCAGGUCACGGAGAUCUCAGAGGUGCAUGGCCAACACUUCCGGCAGUUCCAGUACCGUGAGGCUGAGGGGCCCCGAGAGGUUUGCAGCCGGCUCCAUCGACUCUGCAUCCACUGGCUGAAGCCAGAGAGGAACUCCAAGAAGCAGAUGGUGGACCUGGUGAUCCUGGAGAGGUUCCUAGCCCUCCUACCCCAAGAAAUGCAGCGCUGGGUCAGGGAAUGUGGGCCGGAGACCAGUUCCCAGGCGGUGGCCUUGGCCGAAGGCUUCCUCCUGAGUCAGGCCGAGGAGAAGAGGCAGGCAGAGCAGAUGUGGGGACCAUCCAUGGAGAGAGAAGCUCCAUUCCCUGAGGCAGAACGAGGUUCCUUGGAGGAACGGCAGAGGGCACAGGCCCAGGAGGGUGCCCAAGAUGCCCUCUCUUGGGGCAGUGGAGAGACGCUGUUGAGUUGUUCCAGAGGUGUGGAAACAGCCGCUUUACCUCCAGUCCAGUGCCCCUUUUCCUUUGAGGAGGUGUCCAUCUGUUUCACCCCAGGAGAAUGGGACCUGCUGGAUCGGGGCCAGAAAACUCUCUACAGGGAAGUCAUGCAGGAGAACUAUCUGAGCGUCAUCUCUCUGGAAGACAGAAGUAUAAGAGAGGCUUUGGUGGAGAAAGACAACAUCCUCACAUCCGAAGGAAGGCUGGAGAGUUUCUCAAGCGGAUCCCAAGAACAGGUUUCCUUCCGAAAUGAGCUGGCUGAGAGGGAUGAUCAGAGAAACGAGGAGGGUGAGGAAUUUGAGCAGCAGUUGCCAGAUGGAGUUCAAGACGUGGAAGAAAACAGUCGAAAUCAAGGAAGACCUAAGAGAAAGAAAGGCAGCUGUAUGGAUGAGAAGAGAAAAGGAAAAAGGCUUAAUGCGCAUUUUCCAAAGAAGAGAAUAAUUAAGACAUGUACAUCCACUCAGUGUAGCAAGUACUUCAAAACUAGAUCACAGCUACUUGUGCACCAAAGAGGAACCCACACAGGCGAAAAACCUUUUGAAUGCUCAGAGUGUGGAAAGAGAUUCAGUGACUCUAGCAGUCUUCGACAGCAUCUAAGAACGCACACAGGGGAGAAAGCUUUUAAAUGUUCCGAAUGUGGGAAGAGAUUCCAGUGUGGAAAGAGAUUCAGUUACUCUAGCAGUCUUCGACAGCAUCUAAGAACGCACACAGGGGAGAAAGCUUUUAAAUGUUCCGAAUGUGGGAAGAGAUUCCGUCAGAGUGGCCAUCUUCAACUGCAUCAAAGAAUCCACACAGGGGAGAAACCUUUCGAAUGUUCAGAAUGUGGGAAGAGAUUCGGUCUAAGUGGUACUCUAAAACUGCAUCAGAGAACCCACACAGGCGAAAAACCUUUUGAAUGCUCAGAGUGUGGAAAGAGAUUCAGUGACUCUAGCAGUCUUCAACAGCAUCUAAGAACGCACACAGGGGAUAAAGCUUUUGAAUGUUCAGAUUGUGGGAAGAGAUUCAGUCAGAGUGGCCAUCUUCAUCGGCAUCAGAGAACCCACACAGGGGAGAAACCUUUUGAAUGCUCAGAGUGUGGAAAGAGAUUCAGUCAGAGUGACCAUCUACAACUGCAUCAAAGAAUCCACACAGGGGAGAAACCUUUUGAAUGCUCAGAGUGUGGAAAGAGAUUCAGUCAGAGUGGCCAGCUUCAACUACAUCAAAGAAUUCACAGAGAGGAGAAACCUUUUGAAUGUUCAGAAUGUGGGAAGAGAUUCGGUCUCAGUGGCACUCUAAAACUGCAUCAGAGAACCCACACAAGGGAAAAACCUUUUGAAUGCUUAGAGUGUGGAAAGAGAUUCAGUUACUCUAGCAGUCUUCAACAGCAUCUAAGAACGCACACAGGGGAGAAAGCUUUUGAAUGUUCAGAAUGUGGGAAGAGAUUCAGUUGGAGUGCCCAUCUUCAUCGGCAUCAGAGAACCCACACAGGGGAGAAACCUUUUGAAUGCUCAGAGUGUGGAAAGAGAUUCAGUCGGAGUGGCAGUCUAAAACUGCAUCGGAGAACCCACACAGGGGAGAAACCUUUUAAAUGCUCAGAGUGUGGAAAGACAUUUAGUCAGAGUAGCCAUCUUCAACUGCAUCAGAGAACCCACACAGGGGAGAAACCUUUUGAAUGUUCAGAAUGUGGGAAGAGAUUCGGUCUCAGUGGCACUCUAAAACUGCAUCAGAGAAUCCACACAGGGGAAAAAACUUUUGAAUGCUCAGAGUGUGGAAAGAGAUUCAGUUACUCUAGCAGUCUUCGUAAGCAUCUAAGAACGCACACAGGGGAGAAACCUUUUGAAUGCUCAGAGUGUGGAAAGAGAUUCAGUCAGAGUGGCAGUCUAAAACUGCAUCGGAGAACCCACACAGGGGAGAAAACUUUUAAAUGCUCAGAGUGUGGAAAGACAUUUAGUCAGAGUAGCCAUCUUCAUCGGCAUCAGAGAACCCACACAGGGGAGAAACCUUUUGAAUGCUCAGAGUGUGGAAAGAGAUUCAGUCGGAGUGGCCAUCUUCAAUUGCAUCAUAGAACUCACACAGGGGAGAAACCUUUUAAAUUUUCAGAAGGCAAGGAACCUUUUGAAUGUUCAGAGUGUGGGAAGAGAUUCAAUCACAAUAGCACUCUUCAAUGUCAUCAAAGAACCCACACAGGAGAGAAACCUUUUGAAUGCUCUGAGUGUGGGAAGAGAUUCAGUCAGAGUGGCACUCUUCACCAGCACCGGAGAACCCACACAGGGGAAAAACCUUUUGCAUGCUCAGAAUGUGGAAAGAGAUUCAGUCGAAGUGUGUCUCUUCAGCUGCAUCAGAGAACCCACACAGGGGAGAAACCUUUUGAAUGCUCAGAGUGUGGAAAGAGAUUCGUUCACAGUGGCCUUUUUCUAAAGCAUCAGAGAACCCACACAGGGGAGAAACCUUUUGCAUGCUCUGAGUGUGGAAAGAGAUUCAGUCACAGUGUGUCUCUUCAUCGGCAUCAGAGAAUCCAUACAGGGGAAAAACCUUUUGAAUGCUCAGAGUGUGGAAAGAGAUUCAGUCUUAGUAGCCAUCUUCAGCAGCACCAGAGAACCCACACAGGGGAGAAACCUUUUGAAUGCUCAGAGUGUGGGAAGAGAUUCAGUCAGAGUAGCCAUCUUCAGAAGCACCAGAGAACCCACAUAGGGGAGAAACCUUUUCAAUGCUUAGAGUGUGGAAAGAGAUUCGGUCUCAGUGGCCUUUUUCUAAAGCAUCAGAGAACCCACACAGGGGAGAAGCCUUUUGAGUGCUCAGAGUGUGGAAAGAGAUUCAUUCACUGUGGCCCUUUUCAAAAGCAUCAGAGAACCCACACAGGGGAGAAACCUUUUGAAUGCUCAGAGUGUGGAAAGAGAUUCAGUCAGAGUAGCCAUCUUCAGCAGCACCAGAGAACCCACACAGGGGAGAAACCUUUUGAAUGCUCAGAGUGUGGAAAGAGAUUCAGUCGGAGUAGCCAUCUUCAGCAGCACGAGAGAACCCACACAGGGGAGAAACCUUUUGCAUGCUCAGAGUGUGGAAAGAGGUUCAGUCGAAGUGCAUCUCUUCAGCAGCACCAGAGAACCCAUACAGGGGAGAAACCUUUUGCAUGCUCAGAGUGUGGAAAGAGAUUCAGUUGGAGUGGCAAUCUAAAACUGCAUCAGAGAACCCACAUAGGGGAGAAAGAUUUUGAAUGCUCAGAGUGUGGAAAGAGAUUCAGUCGAAGUGCAUCUCUUCAGCAGCACCAGAGAACCCAUACAGGGGAGAAACCUUUUGCAUGCUCAGAGUGUGGAAAGAGAUUCAGUCGGAGUAGCCAUCUUCAGCAGCACGAGAGAACCCACACAGGGGAGAAACCUUUUGCAUGCUCAGAAUGUGGAAAGAGAUUCAGUCGAAGUGCAUCUCUUCAACUGCAUCAGAGAACCCACACAGGGGAGAAACCUUUUGAAUGCUCAGAGUGUGGAAAGAGAUUCAGUCGAAGUGCAUCUCUUCAACUGCAUCAGAGAACCCACACAGGGGAGAAACCUUUUGAAUGCUCAGAGUGUGGAAAGAGAUUCAGUCGAAGUGCGUUUCUUCAGCAGCAUCAGAGAACCCACACAGGGGAGAAACCUUUUGAAUGCUCAGAGUGUGGCAAGAGAUUCAGUCGAAGUGCGUCUCUUCAUCUACAUCAGAGAACCCACACAGGGGGGAAAGUUCUUUGA